CAGCAUCCGAGGGGAAGCAGCCGUCUGCUGCCGCACCGAGCUCCGCCGACUGCCGCGUACUGCCGACACCAUGGCAUCUGGAGUACAAGUGGCCGAUGAGGUGUGCCGUAUCUUCUACGACAUGAAAGUGCGGAAGUGCUCUACGCCUGAGGAAAUCAAGAAGAGGAAGAAGGCUGUCAUCUUCUGCCUCAGUCCAGACAAAAAGUGCAUUAUUGUGGAAGAAGGAAAAGAGAUUCUGGUGGGAGACGUCGGUGUGACAGUUACCGACCCUUUCAAGCACUUUGUGCAGAUGCUUCCCGAGAAGGAUUGCCGCUAUGCCUUGUAUGAUGCAAGCUUCGAGACCAAGGAGUCCAAAAAAGAAGAGCUGAUGUUUUUCUUGUGGGCACCAGAACAAGCACCUCUCAAAAGUAAGAUGAUCUACGCAAGCUCCAAGGAUGCAAUCAAAAAGAAGUUUCAAGGCAUAAAGCAUGAAUGCCAAGCAAAUGGGCCAGAGGACCUCAACCGAGCUUGCAUUGCUGAGAAGCUAGGAGGCUCCCUAGUCGUAGCUUUUGAAGGAAGUCCUGUGUAGAUGUCAUACAGUGCCACAACUCUACAAGCAUUCCAUGUUUUAAUAUAUCAGUCAUGUAAAACAACCAUCCUAGGCAAGGGUUUCACUAACUGUAGGGAAGCUGUCUUGUAGAAUAAAAGUAGAUUUUUGGAGAUGUAGCUCGUUAUGUACAAAUGACCCUAAAUAAAUCAAAUCUAAGGAUUUAUCUUGGUGUAUUAAUAUUUACAUUGGUUGUCCAGCCCAAUCUUGUCCUCUCCUCUUUGGAUUAAUAUUAGACAUCUUCAGUUUGAUCCAAUGCAGUAGUGUUAUCAUGGGAUGAAAGGUGGUGGUGGGGAAGGUAAGAACAACCUACUUCCUGGGGUUUUUAUCUUAGUCUAAAUUGUAAGAAAAAUCAGUCUUUUGGAGGCUACUGGCCUCAAACUGCCAAACUCCUAAAAACUUUUCCCCUUGUAACUGUUUUAAAUCAAAAAAAAACCCACCUUCCAAAACCUUGUAGUUAAGCUAGGCUUAAAGCAACCUGUUGGCACCAAAACUUUAGGUUAAAAUUCUUAGUGCUUGCAGUUGCAGAACAGUACUAAUAAAGGCUAAUUCUGAAGUUAGAGGUAAAAUAGACAACACUUUUCUGGAGGAAAUGUCCUAAGCCCACUCUUUUGUUGUAAACUUCACAGUGCAGUAAUAAUAUUUAAAGGUUCACUUGUUCUGUAGGUUCCAUUUUUACUAUUUUUUUUCCUUGUUAUGAAGUGUCUUGAGGUCUCUUCCAGCCUGAGUGAUUCUAUAUAAAAUUGCUUUUCUGUUGACCUUAGUUUCAUUUAGAAUUGCCUUUAGUUCCUCUCCUACAUACACUUAACUAGCAGAUGGGAUGCUUCUGAGGCUUUUACAAACGCAGAGGUUUGUGUCAGAGUUCUCCUGUUUUAGUACAGCAAGAAGUCAACCACAUCUCAAAAAGUGGUGUUCUCAGCCCCCAGUCUAUGGUCACUUGGUCCAUUUGUCCAUAAUUACUUUGAUUUAAUUUAGUACAACCAAUCAGCCUGACUACUAUGGCUUGAGCUGGGCUUUUUUUGUUUGUUUGAGUUAUUUUCUUUUUUUUUUGUCUGUUGGCUUCUUUAAUUCUGUAGAAAUGCAUGGAAAAUAAUUCACCUACUAGAAAGUUUGACCUGAAAUGCCUUUUGU